UUGCACUACAAAGGCAACAAUAACAACAGCUGCACUUAUCACACUGAGGACUUCACAGAGAAACAUGGCGUGAAGACGACUUAAGAAAGAUAUUUUCCGGCGCUUUGCUUCUGCGAAGCUGUUGCACUUGUUUUCAUGGCUGAUCGGCUGUCAGCAGACUGUUUGACUGCUGCUUUAUUUUAAGGCGCGGGGUUGUUUUGCGCGUCAACAAUAAGGAGCAUGCUGUUGGAGCGACGGUGAGCGCGUUUAAAUGAGCGCAUUUCACUCAAUGGGAUUUUUAUAUUUAGCUCUGUGAGAGACGCGCUGGACGAGCAGCAGGGCAGCGGAAAGAGGAGACCCCGAAUCCCGGUGCUGUCUGACAUUUUGAUCCCUUUGAGACCGUUUCGAGCCCCCAAAACUUGUCUUUCACAUCGAGGUGCGCGUUAUCGGGCUAUGUGGUGGUGAGGGCGCUGUGUGUGAGAGGGGGAAUAGCGCAAAUUUAUCUAAAGCACCGGGGGUAAAAGAUGAUGAUGGCCGGUGGUGUCGGAGCAGCCGUGGACCAUAACGGGAUAUACUCAAAUCCUAACCUCCACAGCCUGCAGCAGCCCCAUAUGGAGGCUGAUAACCCGGACUCCCGCAAACGACCGCUGGAAACUCCGGCUGAGGAGGCCGGCUGUACCAAGCGCACCAACACUGGAGAGGAGGGUGAGUACUUCCUGAAGGUGCUGAUCCCCAGCUAUGCAGCCGGCUCUAUAAUUGGCAAGGGCGGCCAGACCAUCGUACAACUGCAGAAAGAGACGGGUGCCACUAUUAAGCUGUCCAAAUCCAAAGACUUUUACCCAGGAACAACAGAACGUGUCUGUUUGAUACAGGGUACAGUCGAAGCCCUCAAUGGUGUCCACAACUUCAUUGCGGAGAAAGUCCGUGAGAUGCCCCAGAGCGCCCAGAAACCAGAACCAGUCAGCAUACUGCAGCCACAGACCACUGUCAACCCCGACCGCGUCAAACAGGCUAAAUUGAUCGUGCCCAAUAGCACGGCUGGGCUGAUCAUUGGCAAGGGAGGAGCCACAGUGAAAGCAGUGAUGGAGCAGUCAGGAGCUUGGGUGCAGCUCUCCCAGAAGCCAGAGGGCAUCAACCUGCAGGAGCGAGUGGUAACCAUCAGUGGCGAGCCUGAGCAGAACCGCAAGGCUGUGGAAAUCAUAGUACAGAAGAUCCAGGAGGACCCUCAGAGCAGCAGCUGCCUCAACAUCAGCUAUUCCAACGUCUCGGGCCCGGUGGCCAACUCCAACCCCACUGGCUCCCCCUAUGCUAACACGGCCGAGGUGCUCCCCAACGCAGCCGCAGCAGCUGCCACUGCCUCCAGCCUCCUGGGCCAGGCCGGCUUGACAGGAAUGGGCGCCUUCCCUGCCGCUAUGUCCAGCUUCUCUGGCAAUGAUCUGCUUGCCAUCACCUCAGCCCUCAACACGCUGGCCAGCUACGGCUACAACACUAACACCCUGGGCCUGGGCCUCAACCCUGCAGCUGCUUCUGGGGUCCUUGCCGCAGUAGCAGCUAGUGCUAACCCGGCUGCAGCUGCUGCGGCUAACCUCCUAGCCUCCUAUGCUAGCGAUGCCUCCAGCAGUGCUGGCCACCCUGCUACAGGCCUCGGUGGGUUCUCCCUGGGUUCACUAGCAGCUGCUACAGGGGCUUCCAAUGGUUACCUAAAUGCUUCAUCCCCACUGAUGGCCUCCUCCCUAUUGGCAACAGAGAAGCUUGCGGAUGGAGCCAAGGACGUGGUUGAGAUUGCUGUGCCCGAGAAUCUGGUUGGUGCCAUUUUGGGGAAAGGAGGGAAAACGCUGGUAGAGUACCAGGAGCUAACAGGAGCCCGCAUCCAGAUCUCCAAAAAGGGAGAAUUCAUUCCUGGUACUCGGAACCGUAAAGUUACCAUAACAGGGUCGCCAGCCGCUACGCAAGCAGCGCAGUAUCUGAUCAGCCAGCGGAUCACUUACGAGCAGGGCGUGCGUGCUACCAACCCACAAAAGGUGGGCUAAAAGGAAAAAGAAGAGGAAAGAAGGAAAGGAUGAAGACAGAGAUAGAAGGGAAUUGAGAGGGUCAUGAUGAAUAGAAAAAAGAAACGUCCAAAUAUCUGUUCAAUAUUUCAGUAUCAAAUGAGAGAAUCACAAAGGAGGAGGUGGGGGAGACAACCAAGAUAAGUGUGUGUGAUAUGUGAAUGUGUUUUUAGGACUGACGUCCUGAUGUUUUUUAAAAGUUUGUGUCGAGUCCUUUUGACGAUGGUGAUCAGAGUAAGCUGAACUGGUCCACUGCCAAGCUGCAGAUUCAAGGGUGAGGCCGCAGGGUUUCACCCUCCUCCAACACCUCAUAGCUGUUUAAUUUUCCUUUUUUUUGUUUUGGUUUUGUUGGUUUUUAAUUUCAGUUGCAAACCUCAGCUCCCGGUGAGUUGAGAGUGUCAGAUGAAGUUCCAGCCAGCUAACAGAGCUGUUUCUCAAACCUUGCUCUUUGUAUACAAUGCAGAAGGCAUUGUUAACAGGGGAGAAGUUUUAUGACAAGCACCUGAGGUCAUUUCAUUUUAUGGGGAAGCAAUCUGAGUAUAAUUUCUUUAAAGAAAUCAUAUCUAUGUUGACAUAUGUUGAAUUCUGGCUCAUAUCAUAAUUGAAGUUUCUAAAUUUGGGUAUUUUAUAUUUUCAUCCAUUAUUUAUUGACAUGGUCUCAUUCAAACACAAAUAGAUUAUUUAAACCUGUGAAUGCAGGUUGAUCUGAAUGUAAAAACAAUAUUAGCCUAUUGCUAUUUUUUAUUUACAGGGAUCAAAUGUUGUGUUGCAGUGAAAGAAAUGUAUAACUCAAACCCAGUCUGAACUUCACAGUUGCUGUCUGCGAGUAUAGUUCAGGGGUUAAAUAAUCAAUGUGAGAGGAUAGAGGAGACACACAGGAAUGUAUAAAUAUAUUUUACAUGAACACACAUAGAAAAUGCUCCCACAAACGCACAAACACUGAAACAUAUUUGCAUAUUCAGUCAUAGCUACAAACACACAAAAAUAUGUUGUAACCCUUUCUUGGUGCUAUAGGAUUAGAUUUAUAUCUCCUUUACCAUGAAAUCAGAAUCUCUGGCGACUAUUCUCUUUACUUGAUUUAAAAAAAGCUGAUGUGUCGUCCAGCCAUUAGUAGCCCAUUGGAUCUGACCCAGCCUCUCACAUAAUGAAAAAGGAUUGAUUUCAGCAUUUUGUGAUGAAUAGCAAUCCAGUCUUAAGAUUUCAAUUCCAUCCUCGCUCCUAACGCAGGUCUUUUUUUUCUAAAAAUUGGCCAUACUCCAGAUUUUACCUGACAAUAUUCUUGCCUUAGUCAUUUGUAACUCCCAAGAAUUAACUUAAAGCUCAGACUACCUUCUGCCUGAAGCAGUGUCUAACCAGUUCAGUUCGCAAAGGGAACAAAGCACUACAACAGCAUUUUGAUAAGAAAAGGCUGUAUGAACCAAUAUCUGUGAACAAAGAAACUAUUGCCUUUACAUUAAGGGUACCAAAUAGUCAAGAGACAUACACUAAUGAAAGGGAAGAAGAGUGACACUUGAAAAGAAGGUUCGGCUUCAGGUUUUCUGUGAGCCAUCCUUCUCAAUUUGCAUGAUGACAAAAAAAAAAAAAAAAAGCAUUCUGCAGUUCAUUCAGGCAGCCUUUUAUCGUUCCCAAAACACAGUGCUCACUAACUUCAGGUGGAGCACGUAAUAAAACAUCACAAAAAUGUUUUGGCAUCGUUGUCUUUUAUGGGCAAUUGUUGGUCUAAUGCAGGGAGGCUAAUUGUCUAGAGCAUUUCCAAGCACUCGAAGAUUACCUUAGCUUCCUUCUGUGCUGCUAUCCAUGGUGUUCAUCAUGAGUACACUGGGUCUCUGAAGACUGCACUGUGAGACAUUAAGAACACAAUGUAAAGCGUGUCUGUCCCUGCCGGGGGGUGUGAGUAUAUUUUAAUGUGCACAUCUAUGUCACAUACACAAAACCUACCAAUACUGACAGAAGGGAUAUCUCCACAAGAGCAUUUAUACGCCAGUGUCUGAUGUUUCUGUCUGUUUACUAGUACAACGCACUGCACUUAAAUUAGCAGACGUUUUCUGAUCAGCAAACCACAAAUUACACCUACUACAUUUUCCAGCAAUGUAUUCUCCAGUCCUGUUCCCCCCCUCUCUAAAGACAUCUUUCAAUUGUCCCCAUCAACCCAAGCUCUAUGAUCAGCUCCCUGAAAACACGGCUGUGAGGGUUGGUGCUGAGAAGUGUCCAAGAAAAUCCAUUUUUUUUGGAAAAUUUAAGAAAUAGCCUUUCCUCUUCUCAUUUUCAUAAUUCAUGCUUGAAAGUAACUGGAUUCGAAUUAACUCUUUGUGUCUGAACAUUAUGCGUGGCAAUUGCAACAGUGAGCCUUUCUUCCUAACUGAAAUCUUUCCUUUCACUAUAAGUCUGGAAGGCUUCACAGUCAUCCAUAACUACGAUCUGGCCACUAGUGAAAUCAUAGCGUAAUAUAAUUUAACUGCCCAAGAUUUUAGCAUAUAAUAAGAUACAAGCACAAAACAAGGGGAUGUUUAUCAAUGCAACUGGACUGCUUGACUGCAGGGAGCUCUCCUUCGAAGCUCUGAUCAAUACAUUGUGCCAAAUACUAUUUCUCUCUGCCCCUCAUUAACUUUCCUCUUUCUCUCAACAUUUUAUUCCCCCUGCAUGUUGGCGUUUCCUCACUGUUCUUAGAUUCCUCCUGUGUCCUAAUCCCUGUCCGUGCUUCCUCCUACACUGUGCUCUCUCCCCCUCUUUCUCCUUCCUCCUGUCUUGUCUUCUCAUGGGCGGUGUGUUGGGUGUGCUGCUGGUGGGAGUUAUGCACUAUAGGUCAUGAGGGUAUGAAAAUAUUUUCCCAGGCCGUAGAGUUCACAAGGCUAAAAUGCACAGAAAACACCUGCCUCCAAAACUGUGACACCCACAAGACCAACCAGCAACGUUAGCUCAAAGUAUCAAAUUCCCUCUAUAAGAAGAACAAGUAGGAUUUAGAAAGGUUUAGACCGCGAACUAUGGCCUUUUAAAGGAAGAUAAUAGGUUUUUUUUUUCCAAAAGAAGGCAAAUCUUGGUUGAAUAAAUAUUCAUAUGUUGGUUGAACAAACUGAGCUCAAGUUUCAGCCUCUAAACAAAGCAUAGUAAGGACAGAAUGCAUAAGAUAGCGAAAGUAAGAUGGGAACUUGUUUGUGACCUCAAGCCGAAACAAUGACAUCCUUUAUGCAUAUCCUCUUAUCUGAAAAUGACUAGAAUUCAUUUCUGUGGAAUACAAUAUGUCAUGUCAUAUGAUCUAUAUGUACUUUAUUGUAGCUAUUCUAGUUUGUAGUCCAAAUGCAGUCCAGCGUUGUCGAUACAAUGUGAACUAUGUUAUAUUUGUGUGGAUGAUGAGAGUGCCAACUAAGCCUGAUUAAGAUUAGCUUCGCGAUUUGUUUGUGCAUUAUGAUGACUCAUCAUCAACCGGUGGUGUCCAUAUUUCUGUCAUUGAUGAUUUAGUUUGACAGUAAGAAAAUGUAAAGAAUAUUGGAAGCAAUAUAGUAGCAUGUUGUCCUGUUUUGUGUUUUAUGUCUGUUGUAUGAACCUUUGAAAUUACUAAGAUUUUGAAUGAAUAGGUUUACAUGUACUUUUUGUAAGUUAUGAAAAUGCUGCUAUUUGAUAAGUAAACUAUACAAAAUAUUUUAGUUGAAAAGAUGUCUGGUCUGUUGAUUAGAAACAUGCUCUUAAAGGCUGGAGCAUAAAACGAGGUGUAUAGAAUACUAUACAGUAUUGGUAAGAUAGUAAAAGUAAUAAUAGACUCCAUAGUACAACCUGUGCCAAACUAGACCUCCGCAGCUUCUGAAAUUGUAGAUGUGCGAUCAAAUGUUAGAUAUCAAUAACUUGUUUAGAAGUGCUGAUCAAGUGCCAAUCAAACACUGUCUUUUAAGUUAAGAAAAGAUAAUCAAAUACAUUACUUAAGAAAACAAAGGACAAAGAACUUUUUGUGCAUUGUUUUAUCCCAUAGGUACAUAGAGUAAGAGUUAAAGAUUGUGAUUUUUAUGGAUCCAUGUUGUUUUACACUCCAUGCAUCCCUUGUGUGUUUGUUUGACCUGUGGCUUAAGUACUGCUGUUUUCUCACAAAUGUCUCUAUAGGCCAGCAUGGACUAAGCAUAACAUGUUAUAAGCAUUCAUAACAUAGCCAUUAACAAUCAAAAAUGUGUUUGUGGAGUUAGGUGUUAUCUUUUUGCACGUCUUCUAUUGCAUGGUAUCAAAGUAAAUUAUGGAGGAAAAAAAAGUUACAAAAAUUUGCGAGGUGUCUCGCAACAUUCAAAGACAUAACACUGCAUGCAGUCAAAUGUAAAGCACUUAAGUUUACUCGCCUCAUGUUAAAAAAGUUGUUUUUUAUGUUGUGAGUUGGGAGGGAGCUCAUUAUUGUCAUGUUGGCCCAAAAAAAAAAAAAGACACAUAGACAUGCGCACACACACACACAUGCACACACACACAUAUAUACAUACACAUACACACAUGCACUCAUACACACACACAGGCAUCUCAGAUCAAAUUGUCAUCAGUCAAAUUCAUCUCUCUCGACAUCAUCAGAGAAGAUAUUUUUAGGUACAGUGAGGAGUAUUAAAAAUGUGAAACAAGCAAACGUGAAAAUGUUAUUCAGUGCAUUGGCUCCUUGUGUUUUGCUUUUUUAGGAUAUCAGACAUGCAUUUCUUUUACAAACAGGUUGAACCUCAUGUAACCUGUCCCAUAAUGUUUUUAGAAUUUUUUUAUGUCACAGCCUGAAAGCCCAGAUCUAAUCUAUGAAUGUACCCAUUUACUCUUUUUAUUUUUUUUUAAUUUCUGUUGAAUGUUAUCGGUCUUUAAUGUAAAUUCAGGGCAGGAAUGUCAAAUACAUGUAGAGUUAAUAUCUGUGUCAAUAACAGAUUACAGCUAUAGUCAGGUAGGCCUCACAUGGCCAUAGUCAUGAACCAGAUAUGUUUUAACACAACUUCCGAUUCGCUGUCAACAUUAUCUUGUUUGUUUGGUGUUGCAUAAAUGCACUUUACUGAUCAGUGGGUCAUACUGGGUGUGAAAUGAAAUGCUUUCAACAGUUUUUAUUUUAUUUUUUGCCUUUUUUUUGCUGUUGCUCUGAUGUUACUUUUAUUCAUUUAUUCCCUGAUCUUGUUGGGUCUCAUGAAUGAUGGAAAGGGCUGGAGUCUCAGACAAAAUAGAAAAGUAGCACCUGUUUCCUCACUUGAAGGCUUCUCCUUCACAUUCCCUUCAGCAGAGGUUUGUGUCAAUCACUGAGUGCUUUGUUUUUAACUAACAUGUGAAACACCAGGAAGGAUCCGUACACUUUUGUCCUUUUGCAUCCUCUUUUGCUUUAAAGUACAAAUUAGAAAAUCGUUUUCAUAUCUCCAGCAAAUUGGAACUGAAGCACUGGGGGCUGACGUUACUAAGGGAUGCAAGCUCAAGGUCUUGCUGUUAUAACGGUCAGAUCUGAGAGGCAUAAUCGGCACCAGCAAAAUGAAGAUUGCCUCUGCCACCUCAACAUGAUGAAAAUCACAAAGGAAACCUAUUAGACUUUGAAUGGUAAAGGCCUAGUUACAUGAAUGAUAUUUCUGUCUCAUUCUUUUGUGCUGCAAAACCCUGUCAUUGCAUUUACUGCUUCACAUCUGAAUGCCAAACAAAUUACGGUAUCAUUCCAAAAGUUGUUAUGUUUUGUAUUUAUUUUCACUCCAAAUAUGUUCUGGACGUUCAUCCACCCCCACGGAGCCCUUUCACAAGAAGGCUAGGACUGGUUUUAAACGCUACAAACUGGCUAAGGCUGCUUGCUCCUCUCUUAAAACCUCUUCUACCUGAGUCUCACUCUCUCUCAGCCUACAUGAUAUCACGAUUUGUGUUUCAUCACACUGAGCACCUGCUACUGUGUCCGCCCUUUAAACAGAUUAAGGUAUUUCUGAGCCCUUUCGUCUGAGAAAAUACAGGAUUCUUGCCAACCAGACAUGAGGCCAUUUUUGUCUUUGACCCUCUGAACCUCCCAUGAACUUAGUUGACUUCUCCAUCCCCAAGAACUCAUGUAUGUGUUGGAUAUUUUACACCACCUUUUACUGUCAAACUCUGCGAGACUGUUGUUUUUUUGUUUUGUUUUCUGAUUAUCUGGACUAUUCUGCAGGGUUAAACGCUUGCUUAAGUGUAAACUGAAGAAAGCAUGCCAGUACCUUGCAAACAUUUUCACGUCAUUGUAAAAUUUUCUUUCGGGGUUCAGUUUUUACUUCGGUUAACCUCUGUUCGCUCCAUCUCAGAAAAAAAUGGACUGACAGCAUACGAUCCAAUAUUCCAACCUAAGCAAAGUGAUGUUUUGUUGAUUGGGUACAUUUCUCUUUGAUAUUAGUGAUGACGGUUCUGUCUUUCGUUUGUGACGAGGAGAAUCUGUGAAAGUCCACAGUGUUAACUACCUAAAGGGCUUUCUAGGACAGCAUUUAUAUGUCUUUUAAGAUGAAAAAGUCCUCUGAAUAUAUUCAGAAAUUCGAGGAAAAUGCCUUCUUGUGCCAUUUUAGAAAAAGUGUGAAAGAUUUUUAUGGCAAAUAUUUGUCAGCAAGAGUGCCAAAUAAUUCCAUACUGAGCCAAAAGGCUGCCAGCCUACAUAACUAAAUGUUGAGAUCACUGGAAUGGUUACGUCCCAUUUCCACUCCCCUUGAAAAACAUCACCCUAAUUGUAUGACGUUUGAGCUCAUGUACCAUUAUUGUUAUGCUGCCAGUCUGUUUUCUGCUUUUGUCAGAGAAACAUCUCAGAAGCAGUAUAUUUUCUAAAUGAUACACUGUUGAUAAAAAGACAACAGCUACUAUGGUGAGGGAAUGAGAGGAUUUUAAAAGUGUCAUUGUUUUUAUUAUUAGUUUAUUUGAACAUUAUUCAUUAAUAGAUUUAACGGUAAUGACUAUUUAAUGUAACUGUAGUACUGUGUUUGUAAAAGAAAUUCAGUGAGUUGUGUUUUAUGACUCGUGGACUACCAGUGAAGUCAGCAUUUCAGUGUUAAUAAUUGAAUUGUUUUUUAAAGAUUAUUUUUGCG